AUGAAGCUAGGGUUUCUGAAGAGCUGCCUAGCUCUAGUCCCCGUGCUGAUCAGCCUAGCACAAGGCUACGAGAUCAAGAACCUUCCACUUGAUACUCCUUGGACCCAUACAUCGGGAACAGACGCUUGGCCAGAAUAUCCCAGGCCCCAGCUUCAACGCUCACAAUGGAAAAGCUUGAACGGUCUGUGGAACUGGAAGGAGGGUGCUGGCGCAGACGAGGUUCUUAUGAACAUCGUACCGCUGCCCGAUACGCUUGCCCAUGAAGUCCUCAUUCCUUCGUGUCUGGAAAGCGCCCUUUCAGGCAUUCAGAAGACUAACAUGACCUACUCCUGGUUUGCGAGACGUUUCGAGGUCCCGGAAGGAUGGACAGACAACGGUAACAGGGUCAUGCUCAACUUUGAAGCUGUCGACUACAUCGCAACUGUCUACGUGAACAGCCAACGGGUUGGGGAUCAAGUUGGGGGCUACUGGCAUUUCAGCCUGGAUAUAACCGAGUUCCUCCUACAUGGAAACAACACUUUACAAGUCAGCGUGUUCGACCCAACUGAUGCAGAAGGAUACCAGAUUCCUGUUGGAAAGCAGGCUCUUUCGCCCUCGCAUAUCUUCUACACGCCUUGUACCGGUAUAUGGCAGAGUGUGUGGAUGGAGUCGGUUCCGUCUCAGUAUAUCACCCAAUUGGAUGUUGCCGCUGGUAUGGAUGGUCGAAUCAAUAUGACUGUUGGGACCUCAGGAGGUGCUUCCAACUCAUCGUUUCAGGUCACAGUUGCCGAUACGCGGGGUAACAGAGUGGCAUAUGCAAAUGGCACUGUCAACAGACCAUUUACCUUCGUCGUGGGCUCGCCGCAUCUAUGGUCGCCGGAUGACCCAACACUAUACAACAUCUCAGUCACGAUGGGAAGAGAUAAGGUAACCUCAUAUACUGGCUUCAGGACUAUAUCGGUUGGAGAGAUAGACGGGGUGAAGCGCCCCCUUAUCAACGGCGAAUUCUUCUUCCAGUUCGGCACCCUCGACCAGGGAUUCUGGCCCGACGGAAUAUACACCCCACCCAAUCGUGAAGCAAUGGUCUACGAUCUCCAGCAGUUGAAAGACCUAGGUUUCAAUAUGUUCAGGAAGCAUAUCAAAGUGGAAAAUGCUCUGUUUUAUCAAGCAUGCGACCAACUGGGACUCCUCGUUAUCCAAGAUAUGCCGUCCAUGCCUGCCAAUGGGAUGCCGAGUGACUCUCAACAAGCCGAAUGGGAGAGACAGCUGGACAUCCUCAUCACACAACACAGGAACUAUCCAAGCAUAUAUACCUGGAUCAUCUACAACGAAGGAUGGGCUCAGCGCACCGACUAUUACCCAGAGGCGGCCCUUACACAGCGUGUCAAACAGCUCGAUCCAACCAGGCUCGUCGAUGCCACUUCGGGCUGGCAUGACCAUGGAUACGGCGAUUGGCAUGAUAAUCACCAUUACGCGAACCCGCAAUGCGGGACGCCGUUUUACUCCACUCAAUCUACCCCGUAUGAUCCUACCCGUAUGGCGAUACAAGGCGAAUUUGGCGGCAUAGGAAACAAUGUCUCAAUAGAGCACCUGUGGAAUGUGAAGGCGGCGAUCAGCACAGUCAACCAGACCUACGAGAUUGACCUCACCAUCCAGGACUGGAACUACCGGGCUCAUCUCCUCUUGAGCGAACUACGGGAUCAAGUUGAGAAGUUCGCAUGCUCGGCAGCCAUAUGGACGCAAACCACUGAUGUGGAAGGCGAAGUCAAUGGGCUCCUGACGUACGAUCGACGUGUCCUUCGUCCGGAUGUCGAUCAAUGGAAGGCGGAUAUCCAGGCGCUGAAGGAUGCCGGGGCGGCCCGUAAUGGCAAAGCUAAGAAGCUCAGGACUCAGAAACUGAGGUUGCCUGCAUCUUGA